AUGGCGACGGCCUCUCAGUUCUUCUUCUUAAUGGCACUAAUGGGAGCAGGCCAAGUGGUAAACAAUGAGGCGUUCGAGUGGGCACAUAACAUGCCUGACAUGUCCCAUGCCACUGCAGAAAUUGGUCGUUUCAUCAAUGACAUUGCUGCUUACAAGCUAGGAAAGUGCAAAAAUGAUGCGCCCAGCGCCGUGGAGUGCUAUAUGAAGGAAUAUGGCAUGACUGGGGAAGAGGCAAUGGCAGCGGUCGCUGAGAUGAUAGAGCAAGCGUGGAGGAGGAUGAACAGAGCUUAUAUGGAGUUGAAAGGCACACUAAAGCCGGCAGCACAAUGUUUGCUGAACUUGGGAAGGUCGUUUGAGACCUUCUACCUUCAUGGCAGCAAGGACGGUCUCACCUAUGGCCGUGACGUCAAGGAACUCAUCACCCUGUACUUCCUGAAGGAAGUCCAUGUCUAA